AUGGCUGGAACUUCUCCUCAACUGAAAAAUGAUUGUAAAGCUUGUGAACGAGGUGUGUUCACUUGCACUGGAUGCAAAAGUAAUUUUUGUAAACCACAUUUUAUCGAACAUCGUCAACAGUUAUCAGUAGAGUUUGAUCAUUUAAUCUACGACUAUGAUUCACUUCAACAGCAACUACUCGUCGAACAACCCACUUCGACUGCUGAGAAGAUAUUGUUAGAUAAUGUUGAUAAAUGGGAAUUGGAAAUGAUAAAACGUGUAAGAGAAACUGCGGAACGUACUCGUGAGAUCGUUUGGCAGUUCUUCAAAAAAAGAAAUGAGAACAUUUCUGAACAACUGCAGAGUCUGUCAAGUGUUCUUCGAACAGCAAAAAACGAUGAAAAUUACGUUGAAUCGACACUCGAAAAAUGGAAGCAACAAAUAAUAGAGAUGAAGGAGACAGUCGAAAAGCAUAUAUCAACAGUUCACAUCAACAUUGACACAAGCGGAAGUGAUCAGAUCUAUUGGGAGGAAAUGAUCAAAGUCAAGCAGCAAUCAGAAAUAUCAAAACGAGUAUUGACACUUGGAAAGGAGCGAUUUCAGUCCACACUUGGUAAUGUUUGUUUACGAGAAGAUGGAUUGAUAGCUGAGGGCAGAGAAGCGUGGUGGAGUGACGUUAGAGGUUCGAAUUUGUAUCGAUCUGGUAUCCAUCAAAUCCAUCUAAAAGUAGAGAAACUUUGUACAAAAGACAUUAUGGUAGGUAUAAUAUCAUCAAAGGUACCGAUGAAUCGAUGUUCUUAUGCGUUUGAAGGAAGUUACGGAUGGCAUUUACAGGGGAAAUCAAUCUAUCGAAACGGUAUUUUAACCACCAUAUGUUAUGAUGCUGAUGUGAUUGAAGAUGAUGAAUUUAUUUUGACAAUUAACUGUACCCAGCAAAAUAUAUCAUUGCUGAAUAAGCGGACUAAUCGUCAGUCUCAGAUACCUAUUGUGCUUCAAACAACUCCAUUUCCAUGGCAGUUGAGACUCAAUUUGUGUGAUCUAGGAAGCUGUGUGCGAAUAAUUGAAUGA